AUGCUACAUCCACCCUACUCUCGCGUGCAUUCUUCUGAACCUUAUGUCCCCUUACUUCUCCACGAAGGUCUUGUGAACCCGAUAACUUUACAGUCUCGCGGUGAGCUGAUGCCGCACGCACGGUCGUCCGUCCGUCCACCGUUCACCGCCCCCGCGACGAGUGUGUGUGGGAGGAAGCCCCUCUUGCAGGAAAAUGAGUCACAUGAUGUCGUCGCUGUGCAGGAUCAAGAUCCUCGUCCUGCCGUCGACAUUGGUCCACCUUCACAUUCUCAUGCUGCACCCCAACCUCCCAUGUUGAGGAAACGUCUCAAGAAGGCUAGAAGUGGCAAUGCCCCUGCUGUGAUGGUCCGUGUCCUCGAACCAGACGUGGAUUGA